AUGGAACGCACGCUGCUCGUGGUCGAGUGCCAAGCCAACCUCAACUGGUAUGAGAUCUUCGCCGGCGCCAAACUACACGGCGAGGAGCUGAAGGUGGAGCAGGCCGAGUGGGACGACAUCAGCGUGAUCUCCUAUAGCGACGCGGGCGUGGUGGCCACCCUCCGCCGCGCGGCCAAGCCACUCAAGGACACCCCGCAGACCACCGACCGCACCAUCACCGUCGACUUUGUUCUCCUGCGCAGCGUCACUCGAGGAAUCAAGAUCCAGGGCCAGGACAGCCGCAACAAGCUGUUCGCGAUGAUGCACGCCGGCCUCGGCAGCGUGAACUCGCUCCUGAGCGCGUACAUGUGCCUCGAGCGGCCCACCGUCUUCGGCGAGCUGCGCAAGAUCCAAAAGCGGCUGGGCAAGGACAACUUCCCCGUGAUCGAGCAGACCCUGUACGGCAACCACAGGGAGAUGCUGAUCACGCCCGACUUCCCGAUCGUCGGCAAGGUCGGCCACGCGCACGCCGGCUACGGCAAGGCGAAGCUGAACGACAGCGAAGCGUUCGCGGACUUCCGCUCUCUCUGCGCUCUUCACGGCGAUUACGUGACUGUCGAGCCGUUCAUCGAUUGGGACUGGGACGGCCGCAUCCAGAAGAUCGGCCCCUACUACCGCGUGUUCAAGCGCGUGUCGAUGAACUGGAAGGGCAACGUCGGCAACAUGUCCAUGAUCGAGGACAUCGAGAUGACGCCCCGGUACCAGAGGUGGAUCGACGAAUGCGCGCAGCUCGACUUUGUCCACAGCAAGACCGAUGACAAGGAGUACAUCCUGGAGCUCAACGACACCGCCAUCGGACUUGUCCACGAGCACGAGCUGGAAGAUAUGGGCCAAAUGCGCGAUAUCGCCCAGCCCCGCUGUCGCCGCCGCGCCGCCCAAGGAGGAAGAGCCUCAGCCCAAGAAGGAGAAGAAGACCAACAAGAAGGAGAAGAAAGAAAAGAAGGAGAAAAGGAAAAGAAGGCCCACAAGAAGGCCGCCAGCCAGGAGGCCGAGCCCGAGGCCGAGCCCGAACCAGCGGCAAAGAGCGAAAGCGACGAAAAGAAAAAGGAAAAGACGGACAAAAAAGGAAAGGAAAAGGCGGUUGGUCAAGAAGAAGGAAAGGAGGAGGAAGAAGAGGAGGGAGCGGCCCUGUACAGGGUGAAGCUGCUGGAGGAGAAGGUGGCCAUGCUGGAACUGGCGCUCGCGCGGGAGAAGGAGAAGAGUACCGCCAAGGACCACAAGAAGGGCAAGAAGGGGAGCUCGCUCCUCAAGCUACGCAGCUGA